AUGGCGUCUGGGCAACCGCAACCACCUGCUGCACCCGGUGACUCCUCAUCCCAGAGGCUAUCCGUCCCCGUCUCAGCUGCUGCCCAUGGGCCCCUGCCGCCACAUCCCCCGCCGCCUGAACCUUCGGUUAUGAAAUUGACCAGGGGCCACUCAUGUGUUCUGUGUCAACAGCGCAAGGUGCGUUGUGAUAAGAACAAGCCAUGUGGGAACUGCCUCAAGGCCGGGGUCGACUGCCGGGUCAUCCCGCCCCAGCCUCCGCGGCGCCGCAAGAAGAAGCCUCACGAGCGCGACCUCUUCGACCGCCUGCGCAAGUAUGAGACCCUGCUCCUCCAACACGGCGUUCAAUUUGAACCCAUCGCCGCCGAGUACAAGACGUCGGACGCCUCGACCCUCGACGAGGUCGACGAGCUGCAGCACGAUCUCGGCGGGCUGAAGACGUCGCCAUCUUCCAGUAACGAUUAUCCCGAAGGAAGUGCGCAGGAUGGAAGGUGGUAUCCGUAUUACAAAGAGUACCGGGCCACCGAUCAACUACUCCGAGACACAUCCGACGAUGACUCGGAGGGCCCAACUAUCCAUCAAGCCUUUGACAACAUGUUCGAGAACACAGACGGCUUCCCUUUUGUCAUCGGCGGCUCCACCAGCAAGGUGACAGACCUGCAUCCUCCCGGCAUCCAGAUAUUCCAGCUAUGGCAGAUCUAUCUUACCAACGUCAACCCUCUCUUGAAGAUCACCCACGCCCAAACACUGCAAGCCCAGAUCAUCGAGGCCGGCGCUAACCCGUCCAAGAUCUCCAAACCCCUGGAGUGCCUCAUGUUUGCUAUUUACUUCAUUGCCAUCACCUCCAUGUCCGACGAGGACGUGAUGAAUACCCUGACCGAAGAGAAAUCCCGUGUCCUGAAGCGGUUCCACCACGCAACCCAGCAGUCGCUGAUCAACGCCGGCUUCAUGCGGAGUGCGGAUAUGAUGACCCUCCAGGCCUUCUUUCUCUUCCUUUUAUCUGUCCGCCAAUACGUGGAUCCCCGCUCCCUCUUCUGCCUGAUAGGCAUCGCCGUCCGCAUCGCACAGCGCAUAGGGCUGCACCGGGACGGCGCCCAGUUCAAUGUGCCCCCCUUCGAGGCCGAGCUGCGCCGGCGCCUGUGGUGGCAGAUCGCCAUAUUCGACAAGCGCAUCGCAGAGAUGACCGGCUCGAGCAUCACGGCGCUGUCCUCGAGCAACAGCGACACAAAGUACCCUCUCAACGUCAACGACUCGGACCUGUACCCGCACGCCAAGGACCCGCCCGCGCCGUACCUCGUCCCCACGGAGAUGCUCUUCUGCCUCACCCGCAUCGAGAUGACCACGGCCGCGGCCCCGGGCAGCGUCCGCCCGGCGCCGCACCUCGGCCAGGGCCGCAAGGUGCAGUACACGUCGUCGCCGGCCUCGCCCGACGUCGCGACCCACGUGGCCAACCACGUCCUGCCCACGGCGACCGACCUCGACACGUACUGCGCCGGCAUCGAGAACUGCUACCUCAAGCACUGCGACCCCAAGAUCCCCCUGCACCUCUUCACCCUGCUCAUGACCCGCCAGGCGCUCUGCAAGCUGCGCGUCAUCGCCUACCUCGUCCGCUCCACGCCCGGCGCGGGAGGGCCGCCCAACCACGGGCCCGACGGAGCACCGGUAGCCCGCCCGCAGGCCGCCCCGGGCCCGCCUAAUGCCAACACCCCGCCCGACGAGGACGGGCCCGGUGACCGCGACGCCCUCUUCCUCGAGGCCAUCCGCAUGAUCGAGUACGACAACGUGCUGCAGAGCAGCGAGGCCCUGCGGGGGUUCCUCUGGUACACGCACAUGUACUUCCCCCUGCCGGGCUACAUGUUCCUGACACGCGAGCUGCGCAGCCCGCGCCGGCAGCAGGCGGGCGACGAGCUCGUCGAGCGCGCGUGGGCCGUCAUCGCCGAGAACCACGAGCGCCGGGGGCUCGCGCGCAAGCUCAAGAGCCCCGUGCACCUGACUUUCGGCAGCAUGUUCAUCAAGGCGUGGGACGCGCGCGAGGCGGCCGAGGCGGCGCAGGGACGCGCGCUCGAGACGCCCAAGUUCAUCGAGCUGCUGCGCGAGCGGUUCGCCAAGCUGAAGCCCAAGCAAACGCAGGCGCAACAGCAACAGCAGGCUCAGCAGCACCAGCAGGGUGGCCCGCAUGCUGGCAUGCCGGUGGAGGGCUCGUUGCCUGGCGGGAUGCAGCCCAUUCGCGGCGUGGGCGUGACGGCCAGUCCGGCGGCUCAGGGCGCGUACCUGGGCGACGACAGCAUGCCCAUGUUCCCCACCUUUGACUUGCAAGGGUACGGCAUGGGCAACGACAUGUUUGGCGGGAUGGACUGGAGCUUCAUGGUGCCCGAGGCCCCUGUUUAUGGGGGCGCGGCCGGCGCCGGCGGAGGGAUGAUGUACGACAUGGCGCCCGGGAUGCGGAGCGCCGGAGGAGGGAUGCAGCCUCCUCAGUAG